GUUCCAAUAUGGCGCACAAGUAUGACCUUCUAUUAGUAGAAACCAAAACAGACGGGAAAAAAAGACUUAAACCAUGGUAUAAAGAAAGGCUCGAAACAAAGUAUAUAAAGCCCAGAAAGCACAGAGGAAAUUCAGAAACACUGAUCGGCACGUCUUGGACGUUUUUAGAGAAGGGGAGCGAUGAUUUUAGAGAUGGUCUGCCCCCUGAAGCUAAUUAUAAUUAUGUUAAGAAGACUAAUACUGGUUUAGGACCUAACAUAACUGCAUAUGAUGAAACAAUUGAUGAAUUCAUGAAAGACAGAGUGAGAUUUACAAAGAAUGAAGCCUGUUUUUCAAGGUCACUUCCCCUUCAACAAGAAAGAAGAGGUCGGGUGGAGGACAUAGAGUUUAACUUGACACAGCAUCCUUUGGCUCUUUUUCCUCAUUUAGAAGAGUCUCUACCACCCGAUGUAUUUGAGGAUGUUGUUGAGAUUCUAGACCCAGAGAUGAACAUUGACAGUGAAACUGGAGAUGACCAGAUGCAGGAGAGUGAUGAAGAUUCUGAGGAAGCUAAAGGAGCUGGAGCUCAAGAUGAAGUUCAGGUAAAAAGUUACAUGAAAAAUGCAGGCCAAAAUUCUCUAUGAAGAACAAUAUUGGGA